AAAACCAAAAAUGAAAAAUGGUCGUUAUAUACUCCAUACCCAAAUCUCCCUCCGUCGUUCUGUGCCCGCUCCCGCCACUCAUCAACAGCGCCGCCGUGUCGGAAGAAGACAUGGCAAGCAAAAACCCUAGACCAGAAGCAGGAGAUGGAACCGAGGCCCCAAAGAUAGUCUGGAAUGAAGGCCAACGGAGGUUUGAAACGGAGGACAAGAAGGCCUACCUUCAGUACGUAAUAAAAAACGAAGGUAAAGUCAUUGAUAUGAUUCACACCUUCGUUCCUUCCUCCAAAAGAGGAUUAGGAUUGGCUUCUCAUCUCUGCGUCGCCGCCUUCAAUCACGCUAACGCGCAUUCGUUGUCCAUCAUCCCCUCCUGUUCUUACAUUUCUGACACCUUUCUCCCGAGGAACCCAUCUUGGAAUUAUCUUUUGUACUCUGGAGAUAAGAAAUCAAACAUGUAAGCAACUUCUUAUGUUAAUAAAUGUGUCCAUAUCAUCAAUCCUAAGUCGUGGAUAUUCCUAUUUCCUUGGUGUUUAAUGUAAAAUCCCACAGCUUAUAUUACUAAUAUAUUUGAGAAUAUACUAUGAAGUAUGAAUACAUUACGUGGAGUCUAAAUAUUAAAAUUGGCUUCAUGGUGAAA